AUGGCACUCAUCAACGAGUCGCACGAUUCACUUCCUUACAUCGAUCAUGAGCCUUCUGCGCAUGCCAGAGCAAGCGCAGAGAAGCUCAUCUCCGCAGAACUCUCGCCGGAUCAUGUGUCAUCUCUCCACUCCUCCAUUCCCGCUUUCCCCGAACCCCAAUUUUCCCCUCUAAUGCAACAAGAGCUGGACCGCAAGGCAGCCGGAUUACCACUCACUGGCGGUAUCGACCUAUCGCGUUACGAGGCUCCUGAGCCGCCUGCCCGAAUGACUGACGCGGAAGGAAAUUCUAUCCCAGACCUCAAUGAAUGGCGCCAGACACUACAGAAGGCCUACACAGCCAGUUCGCAUCUGUCUAUGAGACACGAGAACUUGGCCCUUCUUGAGGAAAAUGGCAAGAAUGCGUGGUUGAUAGGUAACUCGCAGUUGGAGGAUAUCCUGCGUGGCAUUGAGAAAGAAUUGGCAGAAACCAAGGAAGCUGCGGAGACUGUCAACAAACAGAGAAAGAUCGCGCAGGAAUCCAGUAAAGGGGAGCUGAUUGGUCUAGAGGAAUCCUGGAAGCGUGGAGUUGGAGCCAUUCUCGAUGUGGAGUUGGCUUCUGAGGGUCUGCGGAUGCAAAUCUUGGAGCAGCGACGUCAGUUUGUCCAGAAACAGUCCCGGUCAUGA